AUGUCUUGGAGGGCGGCGUUCUGGAGUCGCUGGCCGGCCACAUGUGCAUCCCGGCAGAGUUAUCUCUGGCUUUGCCCUCGUGACGUGCAACAUGGGGACGGCCGUGUGCUCGAGCGUUUUGGGGGCACGCUCGUUGCUGUGGUGCCGCCAGCUGAAUGUCGACCUUCACACCGUGCUGCUGCAGCUCCUCCUAUGAAAACCCAAGGAGUGAACCCAAGUUCCAAGAACAGCACAACCAAAACGAGUUAUGAUGUUCUUUUGUAUUGCACUUUUGGAUGUGAAACAAAGAAUACAGCAUAA